AAGUUAAUUACUUUCCAAUUUUGCUGGUUAGCGCAGUUUGCGAUCAGGUUGUCUGCACACCUGAAUAACACUGGCUGGUGAACGCAGUUGGCGUUUGACUUUCGAACGAGCGCCCGAUGCGCGCGAAAAACGUAGCUGUCAAACUUUUGCCGCCAUCCCUCGGCAUAUUUUGACGUUUGCGAAUCAUAAAACAAAAUAAACUUUUGUUCAUAAAUCGUGGGUUGAAUUUUAAAAUUAAUUAGUGUUAUUUUAGUGUUUUUAUACAAUUUUCAUAGUAAUGCAGUGAAAAGUGUGUGUUUAUUAAGGAACGUGUAAAUUGGAAUUAAUAAUGCAGCUUCUACACAACGCAUGUGUUGCAUGCUUGAUUCUGCUGGCUGCGAGAAUAGAUUUUGCGCAGCCAACAUGCGUUCUAGAAUCCGACUUCGGUUUCAAAAUCAACUGUGCAUUCAAGAAAUCUGGUCUCUUCAGAGUGAGGAAUCUUGGCGGAGUAAAGGCGCACGCUAGUAUAGGCUUCAGCCUGGGCGACGAGCUUGGUUUCGAGCAGUCCCUCACCAACUUGGACCCGAGCCGGCGGCGCUCAGUUAGCGUGAAGAACGGAGCGCCCCCAAACCUCGUCACUGAUACAGCCAGACAAGUUGGAAAGCAAGAGAAACGUGGAAAACAAAAUAGAAUUAUGAUGCGGCCACCUGCACCACCCGGCCGUCCGAGCCAAUCGGCAAUGGACAAACUAACGAGUCUGCACCGCCGGGCAUCCAGUACCAUGCGGCCUAUCAUCGUGUCAGGGCCCACCAUCGAAGCGCCAACUAAACUGACCAGAGUCAACCCCACCGUUACUAUGGCUAAACCACUUCCCAUGGGCGUACCACCAUUUAAGCCAUUACCGCCGAAAGACGAAAAUAUGAGCGUUCUCCCGAUUGCAGUAACCAAAGUCUACACUCCUCUGCAAGUCCCGCAAGCUAAAGCCGGAGUGCCUUAUCCAAGUGAGAACUACCCACACGUAUCACACGAACAAGUAUCCAAAAUGGUAUCACAGAUGACUGCAACACAUAUGGCUCAGCCACUCUACAGAAUCACACCGACUCCUAUUAUAGUCAACACUCCAAAACUAUACUCCGUACCGACUACACUGAACCCAUUUAUUCCCAUGCCCAUAGCAGCUCCGCCUACCCAGGCCGCUAUGACGAUCAUACCUGCACCAGUCUUAAAGAACUCUAUUAAAGUUGUUCCAUUUUCAAAAGCACCUACUUUCUCUUUCAAUCAAAACACUCAAUCUUUCCACCAAACCAAUCCUAUUUCUAACUUUGUAGACCCUGCUCCUCAACAAAUCCAAGAUCUGGCGAGUUAUCCUGUGUACAACACAAAGAAAGUCGAUGACUAUAACUCUAUAACCGGUUAUGGUGAUGAAGUAACCCUAAAGUUUAACAAGGAAGACAUAAAUGCGAAGAUAGUUGAGAUAGCCAAAGCCGGUAACAUAUCAAUGGAGGCGGUGGAGGCGGCGAUAGCAUUACGCCAGCAGCAGUUGUUGAACAAGUACGCGAAUGUACCUUUGCCGACGACAACGACGACAUCCACGACGACUACGACAACGACAACUGAAGCGCCAAUAGUGUUUCAAUCCGAACCAGAGCCAGAGCCAGAAAUUGUUGUACCACAAGUUAAACAAAAACCUGCCAGGUUUCCCACAUCGGGUAAAGUAAUGAACGCCCCUAAAGAAUAUUACCCCAUUGGUUAUGAGAAGAAUUUUGACGACCACUUCCAAUCUAAGGUGGAUCUGCCUGACACAACUUUCCACUGCGGUGACCAAAAAUACUUCCCUGGUUUGUACGGUGACGAGAGCCUUGGGUGUAUGGUAUUCCAUGUGUGCGCCCUCACAGACGACGGUCUAGUCAUGAAGUCCUUCCUAUGCCCUGAGUCGACCCUCUUCGACCAGACCAUCUUGAAGUGCAACUGGUGGUUCUACGUGGACUGCCCGAGCACCCGCCGCCUCUACGAUACUAACAUCCCUGUUUCGAAAAGCUACCAGCUCAUGAAAGCACUCACUUUCUUCUCUAGCUAUAAGAAAGAGAUGCAAGAAGAAAACAGUCACUCAACCAAUCCUGAAGACGUAGAGGGCGUUAAAGAAGCAAUAACUAUUUUAGAGAAUCAGAAUCAUAAUCAAAAUGCACAAAUAGAGGCUGGAAAUAAUCCUAACGCUAUACAAAUUAUAACUCCACAGCCUUUUGUUGAUGAAAGAAGUAACCAUCGAUCCAAUAAUGAAACAGCUCCAGUUUACAGAGGAACACGAAACUAUAAGCCAUCAAAUAACACUAAUGGCCCUAGAAUAAAUAAACCUCGAUCACCAAUUAAUAGACAAUCAAACGAACAAACCAGCUCAGAAUUCCGAUUAGUUACCGUUAAUGCCGAUAUAAAUGUUAACAGAAAUGAUACUUCAGCAGAAAACGUUAAAAUCACUUCUUCCGAAUCUACUGAGAGAAAGUAUAAAAGAAAAAUGUCUCUAAGAAGAAGUAGUUCAACAACAGUUAAACCUUUUACAUCGCCUACUACAAUUACUCCUACCACGAUUAAGCCUGUUAAAAGUACACCGUCCAUAGAAAUAGUUAAACAAGAAAUUAAAACUGUGGAGGAAUUAAAUACCACUGGUGUCAGACAGGAGAAACUGACAGAUGAAGUUGAAACUUUAGAUAAAAUAGAUUCUACUAUUUUAAGAGAGGCUGAAAAUUCACCGCCUGUCAAAAGAUUUUACAGAUCUAGCAUAGAAAGAACUAGCGCAGAAAAGAUAAAUACAGAAAUGGCAAUGGUUAAUAACGAAAAAGUUCAAAUUGUCAGACCAACGUCCGUCGCAAGACUUGUAGGCGAAUAUCCUACUCAGUCAGCCACUAUCCAAAAAUUAGACGAGGCGAUCUUAGGACAAUCAAACAGAAGAAUGAAGAAAGAAACGGUCACAAUUGUGACCCCGGAGAAACAUUUCAGAAGUAAAGAACGGACGUAGUAUACAUGGAAAUUUAGUCAAUAACUAAUUUAAGUGUCAUAUAAAUGUUGUUAUUUAUUUAUUUCACUUCGAAUGCAUUAGUGUUAGUGGUGAAGCCAAUGUUGACAACUUAUGUUGUUCAGUCACCGUCAGAAAUAUGCACAAAUUAGAACCUAAUGUAACUUUUUCGAUUUAUUCAUUUCGAGUGAUGUUCGGAAGUAAGUAUUUGCUGGCUGAGGAUUCGUUUUAAACAGACUACCUUGGGUAUCCACGUUUAAUAAAUCGAGUUCAGCAAGUAGCUUCUAGCCGAGUCAAAUAUAGUGCUUUUCUCAAAAAUGGUGCAAGAAAUAUAAAUAUAAUAGAAACAGUUUACACAAUCAACGUUCUUACGUAUAUAUUUUCACAGAAAACUAAAAGCAAUUGAAAAGAUUUGCUUUGCCGCCUUUCAAUUUUUGUUUAUUCAAAAAUAGAAAUGUAUUUUGUUGCCGAAAAUAAACCAACCUACUUGAAACAGUUAAAUUAGUCGCGGUACCAACCAGGGAUCGGAACCGGGUUCCAAAAAACAUUUGAUAUCGGUCUUAAACCACCAACAUUAAAAUACUGUACUGUACUGAUUAUCUCUUUGGCUGUUUAAUGGACCUAUGCCUUCAUUUUUAAUAUGGUCAUUUCAACUUUUAAAAAGUUUGGAAAUCGACAAAUAAGUCCUAAAAUCGAGACUGCAAUGUUUUUAACUUUUUAAUUUUUGAUUGACCAUAAACUACGCACUUCGCGACCUAUUUUUUAACCGGGUAAAACGACUUUGGCGAAAUUUGGAUUUUUGAGAAAAAUAUAUAUGAUUACUGAUUUAACUGUCAUUGCUGUAGCUGUUACUGUUGUUUUUAUGUUAGCUGCAAAUACAAGCAAGUUUGUGCAUACUUUCUUUGGGUGACAUAGCGUAUUGCUCAAUUUAUACGUUAGAUUAGUUAGACAAGGAUUCAGUCAAGUGAUAUUAUGGUGUAUGUUUUAGUAUAGAAUAAACAUGUUUCCUGA